AUGAACCCUUGGCUUCCCGACUCCUCCUCGACUCCAAAUAACCAUGUUGGCUUUGGAGGCACGAUGGAUGGUGGCAUGUCUUUUAUGCAACCUCCUCAGACUAUAAAUCCUGCGCAAUUUCAGAACCCUGCCUUCCUCAAUGGUGCUGGACGGACUGCCUCGCCCGCGACUUUCCACAACCCAGUGUACCAGACGAACCCUGUUAUACCAUCUAAAAGAGCAAGAGAUGAUAGCUUAGGGGCAUCACCUCGCCAGGCACCUGGAGGUUUGCCUGUGUCGAGAGCGCAAACACCUGGCCAAGGCCCCUAUCCCGGUUACAAUCCCCAAGCCAAUGGCGCUCACUCAAUAACAAACACCCCGACGCCUUUUCAGCAUCUCCAAACCUCUGCCAAUGCUACACCUUCGCCUACUGUUCAACAGCUGAAUCAGUUCAAUCCGCCACCUGGGAAUCAACGCGUUUCGACGGCGUCGCCAAACCCCUUUUCACCCCAGCAUGGUCCACCUCAUGCCUCUCCUGGUCCAUCAGACCAUGCCGGCCGUGUUGGGACUCCUCACGACAAUCCGCAGAACUUCAUGCCCAACGGAGGGUUCCAACAAGGCUUCGGUCAACCUCAAUUUGGACAGAAUAUGAACAAUGUGAUGCCUCAGAUGGGAAUGAAUCCGCAGCCUAACAUGCCACAGCAACAUCCUGGCGUCUCUGCAGCACAGAGGAAUUAUCAGAUGCAACUUCAGGCACAAGCACGCCAGAUGCAGGCGCAAACACAAGCUCGUGGUAUGAAUGCCAUCCCUCCUAACUCGGGUCAGCCCAUGCCCAAUCCGCAGCUCCCUCAGGGACCUGGACAGUUCCAACCUCCUAAGCCGAACAAUCCUGAGGAGUUUCUGAGGGGCUUGCAAACAUUUAUGGCUUCUCGUGGCCGAGCAGUUGAUAUCAAUCCAGUUAUCUGUGGCAGGCCAAUACAACUAUUACGCCUGUACGCGGCGGUCGUCAAGAAUGGUGGCUCACAGAGAAUCUCUAAGAUGAACCAGUGGGGUGGCGUGGCGCAACAAUUUGGCUUCCCACCGCCGCAACUGAUGCAAGCUGCCCAGGAGCUGCAGGGAUAUUGGCACAACAAUCUGGCACCGUACGAGGCUGCCUGGCAAAUGAACCAACAGAAGCAAAGAAUGGCAGCACAAGCCGCUAUUCAAAAUCAGAAUCAGAGCCAGAGCCAGAGCCAGACUCAAAUGUCGCCGCCACGAGAGAUGAACAUCAACCAAGAUGCUCGACAUCAAAGAUCAUCCAGUGCCUCGAUGAACGGGCAAGCGCAGCACCAGGCGCAGCAGGCUGUGGCCAAUGGCCUCAUGCAGCCACCCCAUGGGCAGCAAGACCCUUCAGUGACUCCGCAACACCAACAGAACAUGUCCAGACAACAUGAUCCUCAGCAGAUGAACGCCAUUCAAGCUCAGUCGCACGGCCCAAUUCCGCAGAAACAGCCUCCAGCUGCUAUUGUUAAACCUGCAGAACCAGAAGUUGAUUACAGCAAACCACUGUCGAACCCGAUCGAGGACCCAUUCAAACCAGAGGCAUUGCCCAUGAGUCGAUACCAUGGCCCCAUCAACGUGGAAGAGAUGGUGGUGAUCGGGCAACACAUUGCGGACAUGAAGCCAAUAGUACCUGCGAUUCGAGAGAUGGGUCUAAUUGACAUCCACGCGAUAACAAUGUCAAUAAAAUCUGGAAUGCACGCAGAAACAAGACUCGCGCUGGAUAUUCUCACGAACCUCUCAACGGAGCCAGCGUUGCAGCUCUCAUUAGUUGAUUGCGACGAUUUAAUGGAUUCUUUGAUCGAUUGUGCUCAGGAAGAAGUCAAUUUCCUCAGUGAGCAUGCAACAGAAGUAUCUGACGAUAUGUUUCUUCCAUCAUACGAAGAGCUCAUUCGCUCUGUUAAAACAGAGAACGAGUCAUUACCGGACAUCCCUACAUUCGGGACUGUGGCCUACGAUCUAGAGCGAGCAGCCGAUCGAUUGAUUUGUAUCACGACUCUUAUCCGCAACUUCUCCUUCUACGAAGCCAAUUUUGGUGUCUUAGGCCAGCCAGAGGUUCUAAAAUUGCUCAGCCAAGUCAUCCGGUAUCUCGGAACCACUGAAAUGUUCUUGCGACAUCACCAAAAUGCUUUGGACUUCAUGAAAGAUGUGGUCAUUUUCCUCAGUAAUUUGUCGACCUCACUGCAGCUCCCCGGGAAAGAGGAGGCCUUUUGCAUUCUCCAUUUCCUUCUCGCCUUUGCGCCGACUCCGGGGCCAAUAACAAGCUCGGGUAAGAUAUCAUUCACCAUGUACACUCCGUCUUCGCACAAAUACCUACCUUCUGCGGUCGACAGCUUAGCCAAGCUAUUGGCUCGUGAUGAACCAAACCGAAUGUACUACAAAUCCAUUUUCGCUGCAGAUGCACACUCAACACAGCCACAUGAACUUUUGACCAGAAGCUUCGGCCUGGCUAUAUCACCUGUUCCAGCAAACUCGAACCAAACCAGAACAAUCAUCGAAGCCAGGAAGCCAUUCCUUCUUCAAGGGAUGCUAGCAGCCGAAAUACUUGCAAAUCUUGUCCCAGGAUCUGAACAACAGCUAGCUCGGAAAUGGUUAGAAUCCGAGGAUGGGUUUGCUGGCAACUUGUUGCGACUAGUAGGGUUGUUGAGUGCUGAUAGGACGACUCAGACCGCACCGAGACAGCCACAGCAGAAUAGCAGGCAUCCACAGGAAACCGAUGUCAACGGGUACGGAGCUAUUUCGAAUCGUGCCAUGGCAGUACUCAAGACGCUUGUCCAGAAAGCGCGAACCGUCGAUACCGAUGGAGCAACUGUGGUUCCACUGGGUGUCAUGCCCAAGAGAGAAAGUCUGCUGGGUGCCAUGAUACAAAAAGAUAUCGAUCCAGGGAUUCUUCGACAGUUAUGUGUAUAUGCUGCUCUGGAGGACUGA